AUGAGCAGGCGGAUUGCGCGAACUGCUGCCAGAAAAGAGCACCUCGAGGGUGGCUCCAAAAAUGAACUGCGACUGUCUGAGAUGGAGACGUUGGCACUGUUUGUGCCCUGGGUCACUCCAGACACCGAGGCUGUUGUGCAGCAGGUCAAGGGCGACCUGUUCAACAGGAACUAUAUGGAGGCCUUCAGCACAGAGGACAAGCGACAGGCGUACGCUGCGCGGUGGUCGUCGUCGCGGAGUCUCGCGUACAGCUGGUUUUUCGCGCGAGGCGAGAUUGGCGACAUGCUGGCACGGCACGAGCGUGUUCGGGUCGUCAAUAUCGGCGCGGGAGCCGGCGCAGAGCUGGUUGCAUUGGGCAGUGUUUUUGGUCGGCUGCUCGAGACGCUGCCAAUCAGCAGCACGGCAAGGUCGUGGCACGUGACAGCCGUGGACAUCAGCGACUGGAGCAGCGUGGUGGACAAGAUAGCGGCGUAUGUGACGGACCAGUGGGUGCGGCCGCGGCUGCUCAACGUGCAGCACUCGCUGGCGCUCGAGUUUAUUCUCGAAGACGUGUUGCAGCUGCCGGCAAAAGUGAUGGACAGACUGCAGGCGGCUGACCUGAUCACGUGCUGCUUCACGACGAACGAGCUGUUUGCCGAAAACAAGACACAGGCCAUUGCGUUGCUGAAUGGGCUAUCACAAUGCCGACCGGGCACGCUGUUUCUUGUUCUGGAGUCUGCAGGCUCCUACUCACACAUCACUGUGGGCUCCAAGCGGUUCCCCGUGUACUUUCUUGUCGAUACUGUCCUUUGUGGGCCUCCCGGCCGUGCGCGCGAUUGGGAGCUUGUGUCGUCCAGCGACAGCGAGUGGUACCGCGUUCCGGGCGGCGUCGAGUAUCCUCUGAAGCUGGAAAACAUGCGCUUUUUCUAUAGACUGUACAGGAGAAGAUAA